UCAAUAACCAGCUCUGCUCGGAAGCAAGGCGAGCUGAUUGAUUGAUUGUUUUGUAAUUUGCUUCUAAUUUAUUUUAUGCCGAUUUAGCAGGGCUAUAAUCAAAAUAAGGAAACCCUUAUUGGAGCGAGAUUUGUGAUUGUCUGGUCUGGUACAGAUUUUCAUCGUUUGCUCGCCGUUGAUAGCGGAGUCCGUAGUCCAUUUCAAAACAGAGUGAGGGACUACAGCUCCCAAGCGCUUUGCUGCUCGCUGGAAAGUGACGUGACCCAGUCAUUGCGUGAAAAAAAGCAAGUUCCCCAAUUAGUUUCACUGUCAAGGGCUUCUCGAUGUCUGACAACAUGUCAGGAGCGGCAACAAAAUUCCGCCUGGCACUUAUUCAGCUCACUGUGUCACCCCUGAAAGCCAAUAACCUCACCAAAGUCCGAACACUGGUGAAGGAAGCAGCAAUAAAGGGUGCAAAGGUUAUAGCACUUCCUGAAUGUUACAAUUCUCCCUAUGGAACUAAUUAUUUCCCAGAGUAUGCGGAAAAAAUCCCAGGGGAGUCGACCCAAGUGUUAUCUGAAGUAGCAAAGGAGCAUGGGGUUCACCUUAUUGGAGGCUCUAUCCCAGAAGAAGACGGAGGGAAGUUCUACAACACAUGUACAGCAUUUGCACCAAACGGAUCCAUGUUGCUGAAGUACAGAAAGAUUCAUUUGUUUGAUAUUGAUGUACCUGGGAAAAUCUGUUUCCGGGAAUCUGAGACACUUUCUUCUGGCAACACAGUAUGCACCUUUGAUACUCCUUACUGCAAGAUUGGGAUUGGGAUCUGUUAUGAUAUGAGGUUUGCAGAACUUGCUCAAAUUUACACAAAAAGAGGCUGCCAACUUCUAGUUUAUCCAGGAGCAUUCAACAUGACAACAGGACCAGCCCAUUGGGAACUCUUACAAAGGGCUAGGGCUGUUGAUAAUCAGGUGUUUGUAGCAGCAGUAUCACCUGCACGAAAUGAGAAUGAUUCCUAUGUGGCUUGGGGUCACAGCAGUAUAGUAAACCCAUGGGGUGAAGUUGUAACCAAAGCAGGUACUGAAGAAACUAUUGUAUAUGCAGACAUAGAUUUGAAAUAUCUUUCGGACAUUCGUCAACAGAUACCAGUUCUUAAGCAGAAACGACAUGAUCUCUACAAGGUUCAGGCAAUGCAAGAUUGAGUAUCACAGCGUUAAGAUUGGUGAGGUCCUUCAGUCAAUUGCAGUACAUGGAAAUACAAAUCUUCCACUUACCUCAAUUUGGUAUUGAUCCUAAACCCACCUGGAUUUAAAACUGCAGAUGCACAAAACAUCUUUUUUUCCCCACGUAAAGUUAUGUAUUAUUAGGAAGGAAUAAUAAUAAAGUCUUCAGUUUUAAAUGACAAAA